AGGGAAGCCCACAAGCAAGAUGGCGAGACUGCUGCUUCCUGUCGUGGCGGUGUUCUGUCCGGACUAUGCAUUGCGUCACUUCUGGCCCCCUCUCCUCGAAUCCUUAGAGUGCUGCGCGUGGGAGCGCGCCUCACUCUGGUCCGCUCAGGGCUAGCGGCGCCGUCGGGGGCCGUUGUGGAGCGUGGUGUCCGCCGCUGCAGCGGCGGCCGUUUCUCUGUGCGCGCGCCCGCGGGAGGUUUUACAUAAAGUUUUUAAAAUGUCGUAUAUGCUUCCUCACUUACACAAUGGCUGGCAAGUAGACCAGGCCAUUCUUUCAGAAGAAGACCGUGUGGUGGUCAUCCGGUUUGGACAUGACUGGGAUCCAACUUGUAUGAAAAUGGAUGAAGUGUUAUAUAGUAUUGCUGAGAAGGUAAAAAAUUUUGCUGUUAUUUAUCUUGUGGAUAUCACAGAAGUACCAGACUUCAACAAGAUGUAUGAGUUGUAUGAUCCCUGUACAGUCAUGUUUUUCUUCAGGAAUAAACACAUCAUGAUUGAUUUAGGUACAGGUAACAACAACAAGAUUAACUGGGCGAUGGAAGACAAGCAAGAGAUGAUCGACAUUAUAGAAACAGUUUAUAGAGGCGCUCGUAAAGGUAGAGGUCUCGUGGUGUCGCCAAAAGACUAUUCUACCAAAUACAGAUAUUGACAUUCUGUGACAUUUAUCCUCUCUUUUAGUCCACCUCCACAUACACAUAAUUAUCCUUUGUAUAUAAAAGUUGAUUUGCCUUUUUUUUUUCAUUUGAAUGUAUUUUGAACUCUUAUUUAAAAACUUUGUAAAAUUUCAUUUGAAAAAAUAAAAGAUGUGAAUUCUGGAACCAUUUCAUUUCAGAAAUGCAAUAGCUGGAUCAUUCCUUUUGAAUUAAAGGACUUUAACUCUGCAAAUGUCAACCUCUCGGUAUAAUAUAUUUUUUUAACACAAUUCUAUUCGAAAAAUAUGUAAAAUAUGACAAGUUGAACAAAUGUACAUGAGAAACCUUUAGUGUAGCCUUUUAAUGGAUAAAAAGUAGUACUAUAUUGUUCUUGCCUUUAGUUUAUUAUCAGUAAUAAUAAAAGUAUUUGCCUUUUAAGAUACA